AUGCAGGAGAUCAAGGAUAUACGGGCAGACCUGUCCUCCCAUGAUUCACUUGCAUCUGAGAAUUUUGAAACCAUACAGAAUGUCAUCAUCCAGCCUGAUAUCAACCUGGACAUAUCGUUGUCCCACGCUUUGAGCGUUACUGAUGCUAUAAGCUCUCUUCCGCCACAGCCUACGUGUGAUAUUCUGCUUUCCAGCUAUUUCAAUUCCCGGUACAUGGUCUUAGGUAUUGUGCAUUAUGGAAAAUUCCGAAUGGAGCAAAUGACGGCCUACUGUCUCGUCUCAUGUGGUUACGCAACUGCGAAACAAUACGCACUAGAAGCAUUACUACUCUACCUUCAAAGCCAAUUCAUGACACAAACAAGAUUCCAUGCCCAAUUAUGGCUCGAUCUCGGAACCGUUGUUCGGCUUGCUUUCCGAAUGGGAUACCACCGUGACCCUCGCGGAUUGACUGAUAUCACGGCUUUCGAGAGCGAGAUGCGUCGUCGCGUUUGGCUCCACAUUUUCCAGAUCGAUGCUCUAGCUUCAUUCCAUAUGGGACUCCCGAGUAUGGUUCCUACGGAAUAUUGUGAUACAGAGCCCCCGAGAAAUUUACAUGACACCGACCUGUCUGUGGAUAUGGAUACCUUGCCUCCUUCACGUCCCUUUACAGAAAAUACGCCAAUGCUCUACGGGAUUGUCAAAGCUGGUAUCAUGGCUGUCUUCAAGAAGAUCGUCACACAUACACAGUCUCUCGCCUCGCCGAAAUAUGACGAAACCAUUGCUCUAGAUCGCGAAAUGAAAGACGUAUAUGAGAAACUUCCCGAAAUCUUCCGUCGAAGGGAUGUCGCUCAGUCAUUCAUGGACUCUUCCGAUCUCAUUUCACAGCGAUUUACCUUGGAGCUGUUAUACCUCAAGGGAAUUGUUGUUUUACACAGACGAUAUAUUCGACACGAGCCCCAGAACCCGAUCUUCGAGCCUUCCCGCCAAUUCUGUCUUGAGGCAGCUCUUGAUAUACUCCACCGACAGGCAGACCUACAUCAAGCCACUCAACCGGGUGGGCGUUUACAAGGAGACAUGUGGGUGGUCACAUCUAUAACAGUUCAUGACUUUCUCCUGGCAGCUAUGGUGAUUUGCCUAGAUCUUUCCAUCAGGAUAGAGGCUUUUGGAGACGAGAGUGAAGAAAGCUUUGUGUCCAGGAAGCUACAGGCGCUUCAACAAUCUCAGCAAAUAUGGGCUGUAACUGAAAAUCAUCUGGCUCAAUCACACAUAGUAUCGCUUGUGUUGGACUUGAUGAUCAAGAAAGUGGACAAGGUGCGAUCACAGGCAGUUUGGAACAACGCUACGACCAACCUUUCGCUGGCUGGCAUGGAAUUGCCCUACAUAGAAACUAUGUCCGACAUGAUCGAUGGCACGGAAACACUUGACUGGUCAAUGCUGGACCAAUUCUUCCAGAACACGGGGUCAUCUACAUCAUGA